GGCUCAAGGCUGAGUUCGAUGAAUUGAAGGGGCGCAUCGAGCUAGCCCAGGUAGCAGCUCGGCUCAGCGAGAACAGCCUCAGGACGUCGCCGUGGCCAGAGGUCGCCUGGAGGACAACGGCCACGCACGACGGCGACCUCGUCUUCCCGUCUGGGUUCGAGGGGGAGCUCCACGACAGGAAGGUCCGGGAUAUCAUGACGCGCGACAAGCUCGACAUCACCGAGCGGGCUGCCGCGCUGAGCGCGCCAGAGGACAACUUGACGUUUAAUCCAGAGAUCUGCCCCAUCCGGGGCUUGGAUGGAUCCAACCUCGACAAGUCUGCCAAGCGGUUGUCCGAUUUCUACUUUGCCAUCGGGAACCUCAUCGAUGGCGGCGGUGCCGACAAGUGCGGGGACAUUCUCGAGCUCUCGGGGGAAAUGCAGAAUGCCUUUUCUGCUGACCUCGACAAUCUGCCAGAGGAGUUGGACGCUGUGGCAUCGGAAUUGGAGUUCGUGCACAAGUGUUUUCAGAUGAUGGGAGCAGGUGGCGUUGACUGCCUCGACAGCGUCGUCGAACUGAACUCCACCAAGGCUGCGCAGAAAUCGCCGUUCUGGGGCAAGCGGCUGACAGAGAUCGCGAAGCACGAGGAUGCGAUCGAGACGCGCGUGCCGAACAUGAAGGCGGUGGAGAAGUUUGCGCACAGGGAAGCAGAGCUCAAUGACGAUUUUGUUAUGGCCACAGUGCAGCCAACUUCCGACGAAGUAACGCUGUUGAGCGAGAUCUUGCACCAAGUGCCAGAAUGGUUGAUCAAUGGCUUCCCCGAUAUAGUCGAUGAGAACGUCAAGAACAUGCACAAUAUUUGGUGGCCUACUACGGGCCAUGCUGGCGCGACCAGUGAUGAAUUGCAGCAGUGGUCGAAGGUGGUCAGUGUUGCCCAGCUGGCUUUACCGAAAUCGUCGAGUACGUGGGCGGCAAUGUGGACAGACCUCAUGGGCGCCGCCGAGCGCACUGACAAUUCCAACGGAAUGAAGAACCGGCUUGCAGUCAUAGAAGCAGAGAUGUCGGGAUAUACGCUGCAAGAUGAAAACAUCGACGCGAUCGAGGAGGCUUGCAACGCCCUCCUGCAAAACAGCGCACGCGGCGACGGCCCGACUCACCCGAGCUGCUAG